UUUGAUCAACUUGAAAGCGUUUUCGCCACAAUUGGCGGGACACUAACAAGGUAGAAUUGUCUGAUUUUAUCUUCCAAGGCCAUGCACUUUUGCGUAGUCUAUGGACCAGGUUAAACCAGAUAUACCAAAACGUCCAAAACCAAAUAGAUAAUAAUAUAGUAGUUUUUGCCAUCAAUAAAAUUCUAUUAAUAAAUUAAAACUCAAACUCCCAAGAAUCCAUUUACAAUUUUCAAAUUCAUUCUCGUUUCAUUUAUUACUUUAUUUAAUUAUUAACCAAUUCAGCGAAUUGAUUAUUAGAGUAAUUUAAUGAUUUAAAAUUACGUCUCAACUAUCUUCUAUUAUUGAUAAAAUUCUAACGCUACCUAUUUAAAAAUAUUAUUUUAUUAAGUAGAUACAAUAUUAAUACAGUGUAAGAAGGCGUUGUAAUUUUUUUAUAAUUCAAAGUUUAUAGUAUAAUUUAAAAAAUAAAUCAAUGCUCGAUUGAUGAACAUUUAUUAUGAACUAAAUUAAAAAGAAUGGUAAAAAAAAGGAAGAAGCAAAAGAAAAAGAUUGAGACCAUGGCUUACGAUGAAAAAAUGUCAAAAAAAAAAACAAAAAAACUAAAACAACCUAUCACAAACACAGAAAAAGAAGAUUCAAAAAAAUGUUUUAUCUGUGAUGUUUGUAACGCAUCAUUUGUUCAAAAACAUCAUAUAAUUAGACAUCUUAGAAUUCAUACAGGUGAAAAACCAUAUAAGUGUAAGGUUUGUAGUAAAUCCUAUAGGGACCAUUUUAAUUUGCAAAAUCACCUAUGUACUUAUACUGGAGAAAAAUGCUUCCAGUGCAUUCAUUGUGGCAGAAAAUUUAAGAAAAAUGAUAAUUUGCGUAUUCACUGUAGAACACACUCUCAUGAAAAAUCAUAUAAAUGUAAUCAAUGUGAAAUGUCAUUCACCACUAAUGGAAAUCUUACAAGACAUACACAAAAUAAACAUCAAUUGAAAAUCGAUGAACACAUUAAAGAAAAAGAAAAGUAUCAAACAAAUGAGUGUUUUGUAUUGCUUCAAGAUUUCAAUAAAAAAAAAAUAAUUCAUAAAGCAAACAAGUUUUCUACUAGAAAUAAUAUUAAGAUUAAUUCAGAGAAUGACAAUAAAUGUUCAUCAAUAUUGAAAACCCGAAAACAAAAUAUAAAAAAAAACAAAAAAAAUUCUAAGGACCAAAAUAUAAGUAAUUUAGAAAAUGAUCAUAUCAUAGUUCAUACAGAGAAUAGAUUCCAUAAUCAAAUGAAUGAGUGCUUUGUAUUGCUUUCAGACUGUAAUAAACUUAACAGAGCUUCUACUAGCAUUAAUUCUAAGAUUAAUUCAGAGAAUGAGUAUUUAUCAAUUUUGAUAAAUCAAAGAAAAAAGAUUAAAAAAAAUAAAAAAGACUCUAAGGUCCAAAAUUUAAGAAAUUUGAAAAAUGAUAAUGCUGCAGUUCAUACAGAGAAAAAACAUAACAGUCAAUCUAAUGAGUGCUUUGUAUUGCUUACAGAUUUUAAUAAAACAUCAAAAAAUAGUUAUUAGUCAUUAAGUUAUCAAGGGUGUCAUAAUUUAUACUAAAAAUUAUAAAUUGUACGAUGCUUAAUAUUCUAAAAUGUAUGUUAUAAAUAAUAAAUAAAUCAAAAAAGAUUAAUAUCUUAUUAAAUUAUUUUUUAAUACUUGUAAUUUGUAUACAUUGUGCAUUCUCUAUUAAUUGAAAUUUUAAGUCAUAGUUAGGUCCUAACCUUAAGUCAAUACUUAAUAUGUUUUAAAAUUUGUUAAAAUAAUAUUGUUACACUUAGGCGUGGGUACGUCGCAUACUUAUUUUGUUUGUUGUUAUUGUUAAAGGAAGUUAGUUUUUUCUCCAUUAUUUAAUUUGUAUUUUGUUAGUAAUAUAUUAUAACAUUUAUUUUUCAACUCUCAUAUUUUACAUUAAUUUAACAGAACACUAAAUCAUAUUGUACUGUUUCAUUUGAUAUAACUUACUAUAAUAUUAUAUAAAUUACUUUUAUGUUUUCAUUGUCAAGGAAUAUGAAUUUUUUUUUUUUUUUUUUUUGGUAUAAGUAUAAGCGAUUUAUAAAAAUAGAUUGAUUUAACAAGA